AAAUUAUAAUCCCCUGCAAGGGUAUAAAUUUAGAGAAAGAGAAUUAUGACUUCGGCUUGAUUAAAAACUGUCAUGCAGCUGCUGGUGCUUUGGCUCGGAGUUAUGCUUCUUGGGCUUUGGCGUGUGUGGCUGGAAAACAGCCCCCUGUGAUGCACCUGUCGCCGGGACACCUAAGAGUCGUUCUCAUUCUGGCCCUGCUGCAGGAGCUGCAGGUGAAGCCCCAAAGGGAUAUACUCCGGGAUCAGUUCGAGAAGGAUCUGCUGCUGUGUCCCGUCUGCUUUGCAGACCAGCGGGAGCAGUGCGAGGCGUUCUUCGAGACCAUUACAGAGCCCUCGGACUGGAGUAGACUGUUGAAAACGAUAUCUCUGCUAUUCGACCAAAGGCAAAUAUAUUGGUUAGAGCUAAAGGAGACGGAAGGUAGCAGGACGCGACUGGUGGCCAAAAGGAAAGCUCUUAAUCGAAAAACCGUUCAAGUAAAUAACUUGGAAGAGGAUUUUCUGCAUCUAAGGGAGCGACCAGGAGGCUUCCACCUCUGCCGCACGGGGACUAACACUUCCCGAUUUGUGACUUAUCUGGAGCAUCGUGGGCAUAGCUCCCCGAGCAUAUGGUUCUACCUAACAUACGACGUCAGUCCACUGUUACUAAGGGAACUGCACUCUCUGGGCUUUCCAGUGCCUCGCCCUUAUGGCACCUGCGGUCUCAUCCACUUCCAGGAGGACGCAGGACGUACACUGACACAUUAUGCUGAAAAAGAAGAGGCUAUUCGAAUGAAGCUGGCCCGCCAGGUACUUGAAUUAUCGCUGAAGUUUACCUUUGGCUUUGCGGACUUUCGUCUUUACCUCACCGACUUGACAGCCGAUAAUCUAGCCUACGACGAAGCCAGCGGGAAGGUUACCAUCGUUGAUGUGGACUCCCUGGUGCUGGUGGAUUCUACAAGCACUGAGGGACAUGCCCUGAGGUAUGAACCUUUGCCCGGCGAGGGCUUCACCUUUGAUGUAUCCUCGUUUUGCACGGGCCAGCAGAUGGAUGCAAAUGUGUACCAGGCGUGCCUCCUCCUUAGAGAUUUUCUCCGUCCCAACGACACAAUGCAGCUGCUCCUGGAGCAGUGUGUUAAAUGCCAAAACGACCAAUGUGAUAUGCGCUUCCAAAUCGCAUACGACUUGAUCAAGCUUUUGAAAGAGAGACAGAGCGGAUUGGAGAUCGAAUAGAAUCGUUUAUAAUCAUACAACACAAAUUCAGGACACUCAA